AUGUCGGCCCAACCUCAAGCAAACGAAGCGGAGAAGAACAUUGAGAUGUGGAAGGUGAAGAAGCUGAUCAAGCGCCUGGAACAAGCCCGUGGAAACGGCACAUCCAUGAUCAGUCUGAUCAUCCCGCCAAAGGACCAGAUCUCGCGGAUCGCCAAGAUGUUGGCGGAAGAGUUUGGUACGGCGUCCAAUAUCAAGUCUCGUGUCAAUCGACAAUCAGUGUUGGGAGCCAUUACAUCCACCCAGCAGAGGUUGAAGUUGUACAGCAAGGUUCCGCCGAACGGACUGGUGGUAUACUGUGGUGAAAUCAUCACGAGUGAAGGCAAGGAGCGGAAGAUCAAUAUCGACUUCGAGCCAUUCAAGCCGAUCAACACCUCGCUCUAUUUGUGCGACAACAAGUUCCACACUGAAGCAUUGAGUGAGCUGCUCGAGUCUGACCAGAAGUUCGGCUUCAUCAUCAUGGACGGAAAUGGUGCACUUUUUGGAACACUAUCCGGCAACACUCGUGAGAUUGUGCACAAGUUCUCCGUCGACUUGCCGAAGAAGCACGGCCGUGGUGGUCAGUCCGCUCUGCGUUUCGCCCGUCUGCGUGAGGAGAAACGUCACAACUAUGUCCGCAAGGUCGCCGAACUGGCCGUGCAGAACUUCAUCACUAAUGACAAGGUCAACUGUGCUGGUCUCAUUCUUGCCGGUUCCGCCGAUUUCAAGAACGAUCUCAACCAGUCGGAUCUUUUCGACAACCGCCUGCAAACCAAGGUCAUCAAGGUCGUCGAUGUCAGCUACGGUGGCGAGAAUGGUUUCAACCAGGCUAUAGAGUUGUCCGGCGAGACUUUGUCGAAUGUCAAAUUCAUCCAGGAGAAGAAGCUCAUCAACAAAUACUUCGAUGAGAUCAGCCAGGAUAGUGGUAAAGCUCUAGAGGCUGGUGCAGCCGAGACACUGAUCGUCUUUGAGAAUUUGGAGAUGACGCGUUGGCAGCUCAAGGCCAGUGAGGGUCCUGAGGUCAUCCUUCACACUACCAAGCAACAAGAGACCGAUCGUUCACUCUUUCUCGACAAGACCACUGGACAGGAAAUGGAUGUCAUCGAGCAGUUGCCAUUCUUGGAGUGGCUGGCUGAGAAGUAUCGCGACUUUGGCGCCCAGCUCGAGUUCGUCUCGGACAGAUCGUCGGAAGGCAACCAGUUUGUGCGUGGCUUCGGUGGUAUCGGUGCUAUUCUGCGAUAUGCUCUCAACUUUGAGCAGCUGGUCGAUGUGGACGAGGAUGAAGAUGAGUUCUACGACGAUUGA